AAAACUCUUGGUCCAGCUCAAGAGCCACCACCACCCUACCAACACUUAACACACAGCCACACAUAAAACCACCGCCUCCCCCUCCCCUCCCAUUACAUUUUUAUGAAGCUACCCAGAGACUGAGAGAAGAAAGAACAAAAGCUCCAACCCUUUCUCUCAUUUUUUACCGUUCUGGAAUCCCAAUAACUGAAUUACCUCUCUCAUUUCCUUCUCCCCAAUGGAUUGUUGGUCCCCUUCUCUCGCCGUCGACGACGAGUUCGAGAAGCUCGCCAUGAGAAUCAACCCCCCGAUGGUUACAGUUGAUAAUGCAUCAAGCAGUAAAGCCACUCUGAUUAAGGUAGACAGUGCGAAUAAGCGUGGGAGUUUGCUGGAGGUGGUUCAGAUUCUGAAUGAUUUGAAUCUCAUUAUAAGAAGGGCUUAUAUUUCUUCUGAUGGCGAAUGGUUCAUGGAUGUUUUUCAUGUCACUGACCAACAGGGGAAUAAGCUCUCUGAUGACGGAAUCGCGGAACGCAUUCAACAGUCACUGGGACCAAGAGCACGAAGCUUCCGAUCCUUGAGAAGGUCUGUGGGUGUCCAAGCCGCCGCAGAACACACUACUAUUGAAUUGACUGGAAGGGACAGGCCAGGCUUGCUUUCUGAAGUUUUUGCUGUUCUUUCGAACCUCAAAUGCAAUGUGGUUACCGGAGAAGUCUGGACUCACAAUUCAAGAAUGGCAUCAGUUGUGUACAUCACCGACGAGGAAACUGGGAGGCCCAUUGAUGAUCCUGAACAUCUUACCAAGAUCAAACAGCUUCUCCUUUAUGUGCUCAAGGGGGACAGAGAUAAGCGCAGUGCCAACACCGCUGUUUCUGUUGGUUCCACACAUAAGGAGAGGAGGCUUCACCAGAUGAUGUACGCUGAUCGUGAUUAUGACAUGGAUGCUGCGGACUGUGGAGCCAGUGAUCGUAGCAAACCACUUGUAACCGUUGAAAAUUGUGUCGAUAAAGGAUAUACUGUUGUGAACUUGAGGUGUCCAGACCGUCCUAAGUUGCUCUUUGACACGGUGUGCACUUUAACAGAUAUGGAGUAUGUGGUAUAUCAUGCAACUGUGAUUGCCGAAGGUCCAGAGGCUUAUCAGGAAUACUAUAUACGACAUACCGACGGCUGCCCUAUUAGUUCUGAAGGAGAAAGGCAGAGGGUUAUCCAUUGCUUGGAAGCUGCUAUUAGAAGACGGACUUCUGAGGGUAUAAGACUAGAGCUUUGUGGUGAUGACAGAGCCGGCCUUCUUUCUGAUGUGACACGCAUAUUUAGAGAAAACGGUCUUUCAGUCACCCGAGCUGAGGUUACAACCAGGGGCUCCCAAGCUGUGAAUGUAUUCUAUGUGACCGAUGCAUCUGGAAAUCAAGUCAAGAGCGAGACAAUUGAAGCGGUUCGGCAAGAGAUUGGCUUGGCAUUACUGAGUCUGCAAGACGACUUCUGUUCAAAAUCUCCACCGCAGGAGAGUGGGAGAUUCUCUUUGGGCAAUCUCUUUCGCACUAGGUCGGAGAAGUUCCUUUACAACCUGGGUUUGAUAAAGUCAUGUUCUUGAGCGUGUCAUUAGGUAAACUAGGUCCGUUGUCUCUGUCUAAUGUCUACGUGUGUUAGGAUGCUUUUCGGUUAGUUGUUCAUCGUGCUCUCUGAAACUGUAAUGCAAUGCAAAGCUUCCGGUCAAUCCCAUCGUUGAUCUCGAGUCCGGCCUGGAACUUGUAAAUCAGAAUUCCGACGUUUACGGUUUAGUGUAUAACUGUACAUACAUUUCCCCUGCUCUUCA